UGGUGAGCGAGGGCAACAGAGAGACAGACAGAGGGAGAGAGAGAGGGACAGACAGACAGACAAGUUUUGAAGAGUUUGAAUUUAAAUUUCAAAGGGAAACACAAGAUAGAGCAGCGAGAGAAAGAGAGGGAGACAAAGAGACAAACGCAUGCUGAGGGGUGUGUCAUAGCAAUUUAGUUCCUCAAGGAAGUAAAACUCAACAUUAUCUUAAGACAGGCUGGUGAGCACUGACAGCAGUGUUUGCAGGAGAGUUGUUUUUAUGGGUUUGGAUUUUGUUUAUUGAUGGAAAUUAAAAUAUCUUGGUAGAUUAACCAGCCGGUGCUGUCAACCUGAUACACAGAGCAGAGAAAGAGAGGCGUCUGACACACACGAGGAGGGAGGGGGACUCGGCAAACAGUCAGGCAACCAUGGACGCAUUCAGCUCCAAGGACAUGGCCUUGAAGGCACAGAAGAAGAUCCUCAGCUCCAUGGCCACCAAAAGCUCGGUGCAAAUGUUCAUUGACGACACCACCAGUGAGAUCCUGGAUGAACUGUACCGGGUCUCCAAAGAGUACACGGGGAAUAAGAGCGAGGCUCAGAAAGUCAUCAAAGACCUGAUCAAGAUCGCCGUCAAGAUCGGCCUGCUGUUCAGAAACAACCGUUUCAGCACAGAGGAGCUAGGAGUGGCACAAGACUUUAAGAAAAAGCUCCACCAAGGGGCCAUGACGGCCAUCAGCUUCUAUGAGGUGGACUUCACCUUCGACAAGACGGUGAUGGCAGACCUUUUGUCCAGCUGCAGGGAUCUCCUGAUAAAGCUGGUCAACACCCACCUCACCCCUAAGUCUCACGGCCGCAUCAACCAUGUGUUCAACCAUUACUCUGACCCUCAGCUCCUGACCAAGCUGUACGAGCCCAGCGGGCCCUUCAGGCCCAACCUCACCAAGAUCUGUAAAGGACUGGACAAACUGGUGGAGGACGGGACAAUAUGACAAACGCAAACAGGAUUCAUGCCACAGACACUGGGAGAUCAACCGGGAGAAACACCCAAGACUCUGGACUGGCGGACAAAGUUUGUCUCACUGCUGCUGAGGACCGGCGGUGUAGGACGAGUGAUUUGAAAAACAAAAGUGCUGCCUCACAGUUCUCAAAGAACAUGUGGGAUAGAAAUACAGUUGGUGGAGUCAUUUUUUCAAAUUUGUAACAUGCAAAAGGUAUCACAUGACUACUAAAGCAUACUUACCUAUUUAAACAAAGACACAAAGCAUGCAAACUUGAACAGAUUUAUACUUUAUCCGCUGUUUUACAAGCUACAUACCAUUAUCCAGUGUUUGAUAUUUCAGAUCUAUAAAUGUUUUACUCAGAACUACUGAUGAUGUACAUUCCAGAAAGCAGGAGCUAAAUGGCCUGGACAGACUUUCAUGAACAAAGACGGGAAAUGCCACUGUAAUGCAGCACUGCCCUCUGGUGGUGAACAGACGAUGCUACAACAAAAGUGCUCUGUGUUUCCUGAGGUGUUGACAUGACGAUGCAGCCAUUAAUAAAGAAAAUAAUCACACAAUGGAUAAUUCUUCUCAUCAACAUUCUGCACC